AGCUCGUGCAACGUCUUCAUUUCAAGGAACAGUCAACGAGGAUUUUCGCUAUAGUUCCCUUUUUCCAGCUUCAUCUUGUAAAUUCUGUAAUCGUCUUUUUGAACUCAUGUCGCGGCGAACACAAGGGGCCACCACCAUGUUGGACGCGCAAAGUUCAAGAUUCAGCGUGAAUUCCAACCUUAUGAACUACUCCAUACCAUACGAUGAUGUUGAGACCGACAUAGAGCCCAAUAUAAAGCCUGUUCAAUCUGAACAGCGAGAAAUCCAGAGAGGUAAUAGUACGACGCGAAUUCGACAGUUAGAGAAUCAAAUCGAAGCCAUGACUUUGCAAAAUGUCAAAUUACUGCGUACAAACCGUUUAUUAAAGAUCGAUACCGACAAUUUAAUCAAGCAAACCACCCAGCCACUGCAAGAAAAAAUUAGCGAACUGACCCUUGCCAAUAUUCGACUGCAACGGGCUAAUAAAUUACUGCAAAUGGAUGUUGAUGAGAAGACCAAUGAACUAAAUCGUCACCGGGAAGAGGAAGUUAUCAAGCUAAAAUCUGUUGGUCCUGAGUAUGAAUAUCUCGUGCAAAUGAUCAAUCUGCUACACAGACAGAUCAAUGGAUCUGCAUUGUGUGAGGAGACGUGUUGUUUUACGGCCGCCUCAAUUGAUCAAUCAGCUGUAGUGAUGACCUUACCUCCAGAAUCGGAUGAACAAAAAGUCGAGGCGCAACACAUUUGCAGACCCGUCAUUCAUUCCUAUAUAUCCCAAGGCUCCUAUGCUGCCGAACUUCAAAACAAGAUUGUGGAGCUCGAAGAUACCAUUGAGGAUAUGAAUCAAGACAAGGAGGAUAUAAUACGACAAUUACAAUACCACACCACGGAUACAGAAACACUCAAACAAGAAUUACGACUGAAAGAGGAGCUGGUGUCCCAGUUAGAGCAAGAGUUUACAUCUUUAGAGGAGCUAGUGGCUCACUUACAGCAGCAACUGGACACUCCCGAUGCAACAUCAGUUUCCGCCACCACAACCCCACCCACCACCAUCAAGAAGGCGACCAUAUCGACUGCAGCGCCAGUAUCAAUCUUGAAACAGAGCAGACAUGACUCCAAAAUCAAUCGCAUGGAGGAGGACGACAAGGACGAAGAUAGGGACCAGCCAGACCCUAGACGGCGUUCACAACUUCUCAUGGCAUCGAAACGACUAUCAUUUAGGAUGAAUGACACUCAGCUUCUGGAAAAAAUGCUUCGAGGUGAUCUCAGUCGAGGUCAGCAGCUCUAAGCAGGACAUUGAAACCGUGAAGAAACCAG